AUGACCGAGACGAUCGAAGGCUACUACCAGAGCCCCGAAUUCACAAGCCAAGAUAUGUUCGACUUGCUGGAAUGUCCACUAGACCAUUUCAAAAGGUUAGGGCAUCUUAGGGAAGAAGAAAGAUAUCCGGUCAUGAAAGCAGCACUAUUCACAUUAUGGGCGACAAGCCCCUAUCGUGAUCAUGAACGACAUGAUCGCGACGGAGAGCAGCUUGAGGCUGAAAAGGCGAAAGCCUCCAGCGCUGAGCAAACCGAAAAGUUCACUCUCGAGGACCUCAACCAGACCCUCAUUUUGAUGUACAUCACCAUCGACUACCGGGCCAGAGGGGGCACCUCCGCCAAGAACACCAAAGUCCUUAUCGACAAGAAUCCAAGUGGCACUUUUCAGACUCUUCAUGAACCAGUACCCGAGAUACACUGGGUAACGUCAAUCCUUUCCAGCCAAGAAGAAGAGAAAGCCGCUUGGCCACCCACUGGCUCGUCGGGCCAACGCGACGACGAUGAGGGUGAUCUUGUCAUGGUUCUCAUAGAACCGAACUCGACGAACCUGGUUCCUGCUGUAUUAAUUCGAGAAUCCGGAACUGUGAAAGGAAAUCCAGAGUGGCAAAGUGACAAAGACGUUUUGAACCAUCCAAAAGUCAAGCCCGUCUUUACAGCUAUUUCUGGUUCACCCCAGUCGAUCGCUGCCCCACGUUGA